AUGACGGUUCCGAUUCCUUUACAAGACGGAAACGCACUCCCCACACCUCCCACACCUUCCGAGUACCUUGCAAAAUGUCUCCAGUCUGCUGGUUAUCCACUGGGAACCAAUUUACAGCCUUCCAAGGGCACACCUACCACUAAAUUCAAGUUUGACCGGGUUGUCUCGAGAUACGUGCUUUGGAAAAUGGAAAGAAAACAGGCCCAUGUACGGCAGUCUCUUCAGACAAUUCUUGGGGCAUACAUAAGACUCAAGGAUUCAUCUCUAUUGCGACAAUCUGAAAAUGAGAGGGAAUCUUUGGAUACGGGACUACUCGAUGUCUUUGAUGCGAGCAAUUACAAGUAUCUGACCGCGCGAGGCUAUGAUGUGGAAGAUAUAGUGGCAUGGGCUUGGAUACUGACAAGCAAGAAUCCCUCCCAGGCGGCUUAUCGGAUGUUCACAUUUGAAGCCGAUUGUACAAAUCGAUAUGGCACCGAUAAACCACGUAUCCCUCCGUUUAUCACUCUAAUGCUUUUGAAAGAAGAGUUUUUGGAUUCUAAUACCUUCAGACUACUACUCAUUCAUUCUCUACAUCUUAUGACUGGCCAACCGCUGACAUGCAUCGAACACCUGGCAAACGUCUCGACAGGUAUUAAAGUACCUACAGGAGACAUCAGCCCCCAAGUUGAUCGGGACACAUGCAUGACGAUGGUUGCUAGAUUGAUUCGGCAGGCACGGGUGGUGUGGCCUGAGGCUUUUCCCAUCAUCGCGCGUGCAUUCUCAGCAUUCUCAACCACCAUCGGUACAAGUGACGAGCCACAAUCGGUCUUACAAAAGCUGAAAGGCGAUCGCUGGAAAGCCAAGAUGUACAAUACUUGUCUCUGGCUGCUUUCACUACCCACAAAUACCCAACCAUAUCGAAACGUUUUCAUCCAACAGCAGGCACAGUUUGAGCUCUUGAAAGCUAUGGCCAUGCACGAGCCGGUGCUUCAUAUCACACGACAAGGCUACCGAGCAGUCGCUGCUCUUCAAGUGGCUCAUAAGAAAACGGCAGCUGAGCGGCAGUCUGCCGAUCUGAAGGCUCCUUCAUGGCCUCCUUGGAAAGAAGAAAAAAUGGGAAUUGAUGCCCACCGUGGCAAUGAAGGCAUGUACAGUCGUGCAAUGAGUGUUUUUUCUCAAAUGAAAGAGGCUGGUUACUCCCACCAGUUGUGGGAGGAAAUGUGUGCUAUUCUGGCUGGCUGGGAUACCGACGGCAGCCCAACGAUACAAACCAGAAGUCUGGUGCCGCGGCCACAGGCUUUAUCUUUUUCACUUGAUCGUAGGCCCGAUCAUUAUUCUGUGUGGGUUGCACGAAUACGUGCCACUCGGACUGUGCGCGAAGCGUGGGCUUGCUUUUUAUCUUACCGGGAUCAAGGCCUUGCCCCCAAGGCUGCCAUCUCUGUUGCGAUGGCCGAGAAAUUGAUAUAUCGCGGAAAAGCGAAGAAGACUGCCUUUGAGGAAUCAAGUUCUGCUUUACCUGGGGACGGCCCCGAAGUUUACUCAGAGCCAUCUUCGGCGCGCGACUUAAUUUAUGUACAAACCGAACCACCCACCUUGGCAGAAUUCCUCGAGGAGAUGGUGUCGCAGAAAGUCCGAUUCUCCGGAAGAUUCUUGGCGCUCCUUCUUGAUACUGCCCCUAGCUUAGCGGCAGGUUUGUUUGACCUACGCAAUAGUAAUUUGACACCGCAUCAGAUCAUGGCGCUGUGCACUAUAUCAAAUCGACCAUCAGACUAUCCAAAGCUCCAUCUCAAAGCACUUGAGAGGCUACGCGACUUCACUUUCGCCUCCUUCAUCAAAUUUCUCUGUACAAUCUCAGACCUGAGCGCUGGCAGUCUCAUGAACAUAAUUUCGAGAUCAAACGACUUACAAAAUCUAGAUCCCUCGACUGGAACAGCGCUGGGUACGGAUCUGUUCGACUUGGGAAGAAACACACAUCAUCCUUUAGCUUUGUGGCAUGCGAUUCAAUUGGUAAAAGGGAGACAACCGCCUUGCCGAGCGGCCUGGUCUCACCUGCUUUUUGCUCUGGGAAAUGCAUCCCUCAAGAUUCAAUUUACUCGAACCCACGCACGUUCCCAUCACAGGUUAAUUGUAUGGCAUGCGACUCUUGUGGUGCUGAGCUGGAUGCGAGAACGAGGCGUCGAACUCGGACCGCAUGGUUUCAGUGUAUUGUGUUUGGCAUUUAGCAAAGCUGUUGAUGCCGGCAUGAGCCACCCGGAAUCUGUCGGUGUAGCUCUUGAGUGGUAUCAGGGACUUUCUAUCAGCAGCGUUCCCAUGGAAAUUGACGGAAGUGACUCAUUCGACAGUAUGGUUGAGAACGGACUCUCGAUUCUGAAGUCCGAGUUUGACCGCAUCAUCCUCCCGGCUGCGAAGAUAUCGAAUGUGGCUAAGCGAGGUGUACCUAUAUCAGAAACAUCUUUAAACAUCCAAUUACCUGCGAUGCUCCAUGUCCCUUCGUUCUCAACACUCCACAACUUUGUCCGGGCUCUUGGGAGAGCAGGAGAUGGAGAUGGCCUGCUGAACCUACUACAAAGGAUGAGCCAAUCGGCUGCCACACUAAACGAGAUAGCCGAGGAACGCUUGAAUGGUGACAUCAUGAUGCGCCGGACCCUGACAGCCCUCCGGGUGUACUUGGAAGAGAUGGAAGAGUCAGUGGAAGGCCGGUCAAACUCUAAAAUACAAGAGGCAGAAGACAUUGUCAGCCGGACAAACGGCUGGGAGUGGCCCAGUGAUGAAGAGGUUGAAGAAUAUCGUUUGUAA